AUGUCACACCACUUCCUUAAGAGUUUUCCAACAACUCUUCCUCCUCAAUGGGAUACCGACGAGCUACCCAACCACUUCACUGCAGGUUUUGAAGAGCAACAAGGGAAUGAAGUCUGGUCAAGCCUAGACUGGCUGGUACCCUCACCAAGCACCUCGGGAGCUGCUGCUGCAAGAACUUCCCACCCCAGCGGCAGAAACAUCCUGGUCAACACACAUUUUAUACCGUGCCGAGCACGAUCGGCGAGAGCAGGGAAGCUGGUGGGCAGAUUCUAUGAUGAAGAUGGGGCACCAACAGAAGCCUUGAGGCAGGCUGAGGCUGCCAUCGAGGAGGCUCUGAAGUUCCAAGCAGAAAGUGAGGACAUGAAGCAGCAGUUUCCCCCCUGCAACUCUGAAUGGAGCUCUGCAGGGGGCACCCGGUUCUGGUGCUCCACACAGAGUGGGGGAGUGAGCAGAGCCUGGGCUGGAGUUCCCCGGCAGCUCUACCGACCUGGCGCCAGGGGCAGCCACUGCGUGUGUGUGAGGACGGAGGGUCCCCCCUGGGGCCACCCCCCCUCUGCCCAGCACCCCGACAGGGGCGACCUGGAUGACCCGCAGCUGGAGGAGUACGAGGGCUGCCCCCCGCGGGCCCAGCAGUGUCUGCUCAGGCUGUGA